GUGGAAGUGUCAGUCCGAAGUCCAGUUGCCUGCUGGUUUAGUGCUAUGCUUUAUUGCUUUGGUGGUUCAGUUUUGUCUUCGUUGAUGCUUGCAGAACCUCCAGUAGCAUUUCUGGCAAAGGGCACAAAUAUUAUACUGGCAUCUUCAGUCUGGUAUCUUGUGUUUUACUGCCCAGAAGACAUAUUCUACCGGUGCUUUGCCUUUCUGCCUCUUCGGCUUCUGGUUGCAGGAAUGAAAGAAGUGACUAGGACUUGGAAGAUAACAGCUGGCGUUGCACAUGCAGACAGUCACUUCAAAGAUGCCUGGCUUGUCAUGGUAGCUGUGGGCUGGGCCAGAGGAGCUGGUGGUGGCCUAAUUUCCAACUUUGAGCAGCUGGUGAGAGGAGUGUGGAAACCUGAAACUAAUGAACUACUGAAGAUGUCCUACCCUGUGAAGGUAACUUUGAUAGGAGCAGUUCUUUUCACCCUGCAACACAGCCAGUACUUGCCAAUAGCAAGACACAACCUCAUGUUUUUAUACACCGUCUUUCUUGUCGUCUCCAAGGUAACAAUGAUGUUGACAAGAUCUGCAACUUCUCCAUUUGCUCCCUUUGAGGCUGCAUUAGGCCAUAUGUUCUUUGGCUUGCAAAAGAUACCAUCCAAAGUGAAGGGUGAAGGUGCCGCAUCUUCCAACGGCUCUUCAGUCUGUGACCCGUCUUCUUCUGAACAGCACCGUGAUGGUGUUAAGAAAAGACAGGCGAAGAAAACAGAAUAAGUGGCUUAAAAUCCUUGAUGGUCAUAGCCUUUGAAGAUGUUUCUAUUUCAGAUUAGGCUGGCUGAGAAAUUUGUUUAAAGAAAUGCAUGUGAGGAGCGAACAGGGCUGUAUACUAUUGUGUUGUUGUUCGCCUUCGGAAUGUGUUUCGUAAGCUACUGUUCAGAUGUCUAAAUGCACAUGUUGGAUUUGUAAGUUAGAAACUACAAAUUUUUAUAGUGGUUAUGAGUUUACUAAAUUUUGUAUUUAUGAUAACUUUAAAUGCUUACAUGCUAAAAAGAUAGUUUCAAAAUGUGACAAUCAGCUUUGUUAUUUUUCCCGAUAUAUCACUUGUUUUACCUCUUCCUGCCCUGCCCCCAAUUCUUAUGUUUCAUUUGGAUAGCAUGGAUUUGCACUGCCAAGUGUUCACAGUAGCAUGUCCCAAAAAAGAAAGUAAUCAUCUGAGUCAGGCUUAAUCACAUUGCGUUGUAAAACCAUGAAAAUGUACCGAAGUAAUGCCUUUAACUAGAAAAAUAACUGAAUUACUGUUGUAAUUCACAUUGCACUGGUCUAGAUUUUCUUCAAUUACUUAAGUAAAUAUUUUUCAUACUUUUC